GCUUGCGUUUUGCCGUGACCCGUCCAAAUUUUGCACAGGAAAGAAAGCGAUCGUAAACAAGGAGAUUCCUUUUUACACUUUCUUCCCCUUUGUUUAUUUGUUUAUGGGCACUUCUCGUCCUUGAACUUUGAUGGGUCAUUCACCAAGAGAAAACAAAGGAAAACGCAGGAAAAUCCACAACAUUUUGCAUCCAAUUUUCUGCUCUCGAGUUUGGAUAACCGCCCAUUUCACACUUCCCAACGUGCCUUUUCCGCGCGAAUAUAAAUCUCUGGAUUUCGUUCUUCGUUCGAGGGGUAGUUUGACUUUGCUGCGAAGGUUUCUGCGUCUCGAUUUGAAUUCAGAGCCUGAAAAUUGUGUGUGGAUUUUUGGGUUUCCCCCAAAAAUGGGCGUGAUUUGCAAGCGGGUGAAGCAAUUAGCUAGAUUCGGAGGCUUUAGGGUUUCAAAAGUGCAAUCAUCAUUUGAAAGACCAAUUUGCAAUCCACUCUCAGCUUCUUCGCCUUCGGUUUCGGGUACCAGGCAUAUUUCUGAACUGGUGAAAUCAAAUGGGAAACACUUGUUCCUUGUUGACACAUUGGCCCUUGUUAGGAGACUAGAGGGGCAAGGAGUACCCUCAAAGCAAGCUGAGGCAAUAACUGCUGCCAUAACUGGUGUUUUGAAUGACAGUCUUGAGAAUGUAUCUCAGUCAUUGGUGUCAAAAGGAGAAAUGCAAAAAACUGAAAUGAUUCAAGAAUCCAACCUGUCCAAAUUCAAAUCAGAAGUACAGAGCUCCCAGGGACACCAUUUUUCUCUGUUGCAACAUGAGACUGAAAAGCUUAGGAAUGAUAUAGAGAAGAUGCGCAGUGAAUUGAGAUAUGAAAUGGAUAAGGUCACCGCUGGGCAACGAUUGGAUAUGAACCUUGAAAGGGGGAGAAUAAGGGAAGAACUGUCCAACCAGAGUGCUGAAAAUAGCAGCCUCACAAACAAACUUGAUAGAGAGAUCCAUUCUUUAAGAGCACAGAUGGAAGCAGCCAAAUAUGAUGUCAUAAAAUACUGCAUAGGAUCACUUGUUUCAAUCUCUGCUGUUGGCCUUGCUGUUAUCCGCAUAUUGAUGUAAACUGGUGUGCGUUUCGACUAAGUCCACAAAAUUUGUGGUGGAAAAGAAUCAAGAGUAGCUGUUUUUUAGAUGCUGUAUGUUCUGUCAGAAACAAUUGCAAGACAGUGCUCUAAUGGAGCUGAAGCAACUUACUCCCAUUAGGCAUGAAUUGGGCCUGUUUUUUUAGCCCUAUUCUAUUCUUUCUAUUACUUGCACAAUAUGUGCCUGGCAUUAUGGUACACAUACACGCACCUUGGAUUAUAAUCGUCUUUUUUUUUUUUUUCUGUACUUGAGCAGAUGAAUGUACAAGCUACAUGUGUGAUCUCAAAAUGCACUUUAACAUAUAUGAACAGAAUCCCAUUUUUUUAGACAGUCAAACAA